AUGGCUGUCCAACUGAACGCGUCCCUUUUCAAUAAGCGGCUCGGGUCCGUCAUCAAUGCAUGGAACAACGCGAGUGCUAGCAAUGAAUACAGCUCGAUAGCAGACGUCGAUGCUAUUUUCCUCCCGGCAGGUGAUCCUGCCGGCGAAGACGAGCCCAUCCGCAAGGGUACUGCAUUCCAGACGUGGCUUCUAGGAUACGAAUUUCCCUCUACGUUUAUGCUUUUCCAAAAAGACCGCCUACAGAUACUAUGCUCCGCGUCUAAAGCCAAAAUCCUGUCGCAGAUUAAGAGUUCUAGCUCACCUGUUACGAUCGAAAUUCUUAUUCAAGCAAAAGCCAAGGACCCCCCGACGGACGCAGUUCCUAAGUUCCUUGAAGCAUACGGGACACGUAAACGUGUGGGAACGCUGACGAAAGAGUCGCAUUCCGGAAAACUGGUUGACGAAUGGAACAAGGCUUUGAGUAGCCUGGAAAGCAAACCGGCAGUGAUAGACAUCGCACACGCGGUUUCGGCGUUUAUGGCGGUCAAGGACGAGGAGGAGCUGAAAUACAUGCGGACUGCGGCCAAUCUAACUUCUACUCUCCUUGCACACCACGUGAUUCUAAAGCUCGAGGCGAUUCUGGACCGUGAAGCCAAGAUCAGCCAUGAGGAGUUCGCGUCACAGAUAGAGCGCAGAUUGGGGUCGGGAGAGGGUGACAAUGCAAAAGGGCCUGAUAUGAAGGUCUGGAGCAAAGGGCGGGGACUGACAGAUGUCGACUGGAUGUCGACUGAGUUUUGCUACACGCCCAUCAUCCAAUCUCAGUCUACCAAUACGAGCUAUGACCUUAGCCCAGCCGCCGAGUCAUCGUCCGAUGACAUUGCGCACAAGGGUGUCUUCCUCGUGGCACUUGGCAUGCGCUACAAAGCGUACUGUGCUAAUUUGGGACGAAGUCUCAUUGUCGAUCCUUCGAAGGAACAAGAGUCGAUCUAUGCAUUGCUUCUCUCUUUACAGACAGAGAUGCUAGCAUAUCUGAAGGAUGGCGUGUCUGCCCGCGACGCUUAUCAACACGCGCUUGCGUUCGUAAAGGAAAAGAAGCCCGAUCUAGAGAAGCAUUUCGUUAAGAACAUUGGCCAUGGGAUGGGUAUGGAGUUCCGUGACUCAUCGUACUUGCUCUCUCCCAAGAACGGGAAGACGCUUCGCUCAAAUAUGGUCUUUAAUCUCGUGCUUGGGUUCACGGACCUCGAAGAUGGUGGGAAGAAGUAUGCCCUGCAGCUUGUUGACACCAUUCAAAUAAGCAACGAUAAAGCAACUUGUCUCACGGCUGGCAUCAAAACCAUAAAGGACACUAUGUUCUUCCUGAAUCAAGAAAAUGGUGACUCCAAGCAGGCGCCAGCCAAGAAGGCCCCGAACACGAAGGCCAACGGGAACGCCUCACCUGUGAAGAACAAAAUGGCCGGUGGCAAGGUCUUGCGGAACAAGACACGCAGUGCAGCCCAGGAGGAGCUCGUCCAGUCAACGGUAGCAAAAAUCACGGAGCAUCAGAGAGAACUACACACGCGGCUGCAGUCCGGGGGGCUUGCGAAGUACUCCGAGGGCGGAGGCGGGGGUGGCCGCAACGAGGGCAAGGGCUGGAAGCGGUUCCAGAGCUACAAAGGCGAAGUCGCCCUGCCCAAGGAGGCGGAGGGCCUGCGCAUCUACGUCGACAGGAAGGCGCAGACGAUUGUUCUGCCUAUCCACGGCUUUGCGGUGCCGUUCCAUAUCAACACCAUAAAAAACGUCAGCAAGAACGACGAAGGUGAAUUCACCUACCUGCGUGUUAACUUUCAGACACCUGGCCAACUCGCAGGCAAGAAGGAGGAUACGCCCUUCGAAGACCCUGAUGCGACGUUCAUCCGAUCGAUCACCUAUCGGUCGCCCGACGGCCACCGCUUUGACGCUGUUUCUAAGCAGAUCACCGAUCUCAAGAAGGAGGUGAACAAGCGGGAGCAACAAAAGAAGGAGAUGGCGGACGUUAUUGAACAGGAUGUCCUCGUGGAGAUAAAAGGCCGACGUCCAACCAAGCUGCCCGAGGUGUUUGUCCGACCAGCGCUGGAUGGAAAGCGACUGCCGGGUGAGGUUGAGAUCCACCAGAAUGGUCUGCGUUACCAGUCUCCCAUGGGCUCUCAGAAGAUUGACAUCCUAUUCAGCAAUGUCAAGCAUCUGUUCUUUCAGCCAUGUGACCAUGAACUUCUCGUCAUUAUUCAUAUCCACUUGAAGGCACCCAUUAUUAUUGGCAAGAAGAAAGCUCACGAUGUUCAAUUCUAUCGCGAGGCUUCCGAUGUGCAGUUCGAUGAGACAGGCAACCGCAAGCGAAAAUAUCGCUACGGUGAUGAGGAUGAGCUGGAAUUAGAGCAGCAGGAGAGAAAACGCAGACAGAUGUUGAACAAGGAGUUCAGACUAUUCUCGGAGAAGAUCGCGGAGGCGGCGACAGCUUCUACUGGCGACACUCUAGAGCCUGAUGUUCCGUUCCGCGAACUUUCGUUCGAAGGUGUCCCCUUCCGGACUAAUGUUCGCCUGCAACCUACGACCGAAUGUCUUGUUCAUCUGUCGGACCCUCCAUUCCUUGUUGUGACUCUCGCCGACAUCGAGAUUGCAUCCCUGGAGCGUGUCCAGUUCGGGUUGAAGCAGUUCGACAUGGUCUUGAUAUUUAAAGACUUCACGAAGACGCCCCUGCACAUUAACUCUAUACCAAGCUCUCAGCUUGACGAUGUGAAGAACUGGCUGGAUUCGGUCGAUAUUCCAUUGAGCGAAGGCCCGGUCAACCUUAACUGGGGACCCAUUAUGAAGACCAUAAACGAGGAUCCAUAUGAGUUUUUCCAACAGGGCGGCUGGAGCUUCCUGGGUGGCUCUCCUGGUGGCGAAGAGAGCGACGCAGAUGUAGGAUCGGAUACUGAGUCUGAGUUCGAGGCCGAGGUGGAUGUCACAGAAAGCUCGGAGAGUAGUGAGAGUGCCUUCAGCGACGACGGCUCGGAUGCCAGUGACGAUGAGGGCAGUGGCUCUGACUUUGGCUCUGACGACAGCGAUGGUGUUAUUCGUAUAGGAGACGACUGGGACGAGCUCGAGCGAAAAGCUGCCAAAGCGGACAAGAAACGAGUCGAAGUUGGCAAGGGUCACGAGUCAGAUGACUCUGACCGACCUAAGGCGAAGUCGAAACCGAAACCGAAACCGAAACCGAAGACCAACGGCAAGAACACCAAGAGGCGGUGA